GUGAGUGUAUUAUCGUGAGGGGAGGGAGAAGAGAGAGAGCGAGAGAGCGAGAGAGCGAGAAACAGUCUCAGUUGUUUGAGAGGUUACAGGAUCAAUAGGCUGUCUUGUUUGGAGAGUAGCGCUGACUCUCUUGGAGCUGCAUGUGGUUCCGUGGAACAGGAGAGAGAGAGAGAACUGAGUAGCAGAAGAAGCGUUUUUCAGCAUGCUCACAGAACCUGAGCUGCCUCAGGAGUUUAACAGGAUGUCUUCCAAGCGACCAGCCUCUCCAUAUGGGGGAACAGAUGGAGAGGUAGCCAUGGCGACCAGCAGACAGCGCAUGGAUGAUGGCGAGAGUGACGGACACCCUGUCAUUCACUUACCCCUCAACUCCUACUGCAGCAAGGUGUCCCCUCGUUCACCACGGGCCCCCGACAGCCCCCCAACUCUACACAGCUCCAUGGUAAGCCUCUCGCACUGGGCUCGACAGAUAGCGUAUCGGAACGGUGGCAAUUAA